CUUGCGCUACUUUUUUCACCGAGCAAGGUUGUGCCUGGGGGCUGGGAACAGGAUCCACGAGGAGCCCGACUGGAAGCCUCCAGCGACCCAGACUCAGAAUCGAAGCCGGACCAAGAGGCCGAGCCACAGGAGGCGGCGGGUCCACAGGGGCGCCCUGGGCCGCAGCCUGGGCCGGAGCCGCCCAGCGAGGAGCAGCAGGCCUUGGAGCAGUUCGAGGAGGCUGCGGCACAUAGCACCCCGGUGCGGAAGGAGGUCACUGACAAGGAGCAGGAGUUUGCUGCUGCAGCUGCAAAACAGCUCGAAUAUCAGCAAUUUGAAGACGAUAAACUUUCCCAGAAAUCAUCUAGCAGUAAACUCUCUCGGUCUCCUUUAAAGAUUGUCAAAAAGCCUAAAAGCAUGCAGUGCAAAGUGAUACUUCUGGAUGGGUCAGAAUACACCUGUGAUGUGGAGAAACGGUCCAGAGGGCAAGUGCUAUUUGAUAAAGUGUGCGAACACCUGAACCUGCUAGAGAAAGACUACUUUGGCCUUACGUACCGAGAUGCUGAAAACCAGAAGAAUUGGUUGGACCCUGCGAAGGAAAUUAAGAAACAGAUUCGAAGUGGUGCUUGGCACUUUUCAUUUAAUGUGAAAUUUUACCCACCAGACCCUGCCCAGCUAUCGGAAGAUAUCACCAGGUACUACCUCUGCUUACAGCUGCGAGACGACGUCGUGUCCGGCAGGCUGCCCUGCUCCUUCGUGACUCUCGCCCUGCUGGGCUCCUACACCGUCCAGUCAGAACUGGGAGACUACGACCCAGACGAAUGCGGGAACGAUUACAUCAGCGAGUUCCGCUUUGCGCCAAACCACACGAAAGAACUGGAAGAUAAAGUGAUCGAGCUGCACAAGAGCCACAGAGGAAUGACACCAGCAGAAGCAGAGAUGCACUUCUUAGAGAAUGCCAAGAAACUGUCCAUGUACGGGGUAGAUUUACAUCAUGCCAAGGAUUCAGAAGGAGUAGAAAUUAUGUUAGGAGUUUGUGCAAGUGGCCUAUUGAUAUAUCGUGACCGACUGCGAAUAAAUCGAUUUGCCUGGCCCAAGGUUCUCAAAAUUUCAUACAAACGGAACAAUUUUUACAUUAAGAUCCGGCCGGGAGAGUUUGAGCAAUUUGAAAGCACCAUUGGGUUUAAGCUGCCAAACCAUCGAGCCGCCAAGCGUUUAUGGAAAGUGUGUGUUGAGCACCACACAUUUUUCAGACUGUUGUUACCAGAAGCACCUCCAAAGAAAUUCCUCACCCUGGGUUCCAAGUUCCGGUACAGUGGCAGAACGCAAGCCCAAACAAGAAGGGCCAGUGCGUUGAUAGAUCGCCCAGCGCCUUACUUUGAACGCUCGUCCAGCAAACGCUAUACCAUGUCUCGCAGCUUGGAUGGAGCAUCAGUGAAUGAAAACCAUGAAAUAUACAUGAAGGAUUCUAUGUCUGCUGCAGAGGUUGGUACUGGCCAGUACGCCACAACAAAGGGCAUCUCUCAGACCAACUUGAUCACCACUGUGACUCCAGAGAAAAAGGCCGAGGAGGAGCGGGACGAGGAGGACAACAGGAGGAAGAAGGCCGAAGAAGCCACAUCUGUCGCUGCGGUCCGGCUGGAGGGAAAGACUGACAGUGAGCGGACAGACACGGCAGCCGACGGGGAAACCACUGCCACCGAGGAACUAGAUAAAACUCAAGACGAACUGAUGAAACAUCAAACCAACAUUAGUGAGCUGAAAAGAACUUUCCUAGAAACCUCAACAGACUCUGCCAUAACCAAUGAGUGGGAAAAGAGACUCUCCACCUCCCCAGUGCGCCUGGCCGCCAGGCAGGAGGACGCACCCAUGAUCGAACCGCUUGUCCCUGAAGAGACCAAGCAGGCUUCCGGCGAGAAGCUCAUGGACGGCUCUGAGAUCUUCAGUUUGUUAGAGUCUGCCCGAAAGCCAACAGAGUUCAUAGGCGGGGUUGCCUCCACCGCUCAGAGCUGGGUUCAGCAGAAAACGGACGCCAAGACAGAGUCCAGCGAGGCAGAGGCAGAGAGCACCCCUCUGCAGCAGCCCCUGGGUGCAGAGAAGGUGGCGCAGGAGACGGUGCUGGUGGAGGAGAGGCGAGUGAUGAUCGUGCACGCCAGCGGCGACGCCUCUUCCGCAGCCGGUGAUGAAGUGGAGGCCGCCGCCCAGCCCGCCCCGACUGCCGAGGCGCCUGGCGCUAAGGCGAAGGAGGGCUCGGCAGUGUCCGAGGGGGCCAAGGAGGAGAGCGGGGAGGACGCCGAGAAAGCCGCGCCCCAGCAGGAGGAGGCAGCAGCUGCACCCCUGGAGCGAGAGGAGGAGCAGAGCGCGGCCAUUCACGUGUCUGAAACUUUGGAACAAAAACCUCAUUUUGAGUCGUCCACUGUGAAGACGGAGACCGUCAGCUUCAGCAGCAUCUCCCCAGGAGGAGUGAAGCUGGACAUGUCUACUAAGGAAGUGCCAGUGGUUCACACGGAAACAAAAACCAUCACCUACGAGUCUUCCCAGGUCGACCCUGGCGCUGACCUGGAGCCGGGCGUGCUGAUGAGCGCACAGACGAUCACAUCCGAAACGACCAGUACCACCACCACCACGCACAUCACCAAAACUGUGAAAGGAGGCAUCUCAGAGACGAGAAUUGAGAAGCGGAUUGUCAUCACAGGGGACGCAGACAUUGACCAUGACCAGGCGCUGGCUCAGGCAAUUAAAGAGGCCAAAGAGCAGCACCCUGACAUGUCAGUGACCAAAGUAGUGGUCCAUAAAGAGACAGAGAUCACCCCUGAAGAUGGAGAGGAUUGACCGGAGGAAUAACUUAGCUUGCAAGUGAAUCCAGUCAACAUAAACCAUUAGGAAAACCAGAGCCUCUAUGGAAUUGUCUCUUCUAACCCAACUGACUCGCAUCUGUCCGUGGAAAAUUUCAAUCCAGAAGAACUGACCUUGACCAUUGACAAAGACACUGGCAGAGAGAUCUUCCCAUAAUAAAGCAAUCUGAAUCAGCAUCACUAAACUGAUAUUGCAUGAAGCAACGAUAAGAUUACAAAAGAGCAGCAUUUUUAAUUUUCACAAAAUGUCUCAGUUUUCUGCUAUACCUGCACGUUCAUAACCGACAGUAUAAACCGUGAUCUCAUGUAACACAUAAACAAUUCAUGCCUUUCAUAGUUUAUUAUUAUUCAAGUCUCCACAAAAUUACAGUUUCUUAGGUGACAGAAUUUUGUUUACAAAUCCAUGAAGAUUCCUCUAAAAUGCUAGAAGCUGUCUAGGUCCGGUGUGUCCGAUGUACCCCAGAUUAGAUGUGCCAAUGACCGACUUUAUUCAGUAAACAACUUGAAUCUUGUCCUGUUUCUUCUGGUUUAUUCCUCUCACCCAUAAACAUUAAUGUUCUCUGACCCUCUGGAAAUAUUUAAUGCUUAUACUCUUGCUUUGUGUAUCUAAUUUAAUUCAUCAUAAGGUAGUACUGAUUUUAGCAUAUUAAUGUGGUUUCUUCCUUGUCGUCUGCUUUGAUCCAAUCAAUCUGGAAAGCUUUCCAGAGUUUCCUAACAAGUUCUAAAUAUGUAAAUUGUCAGUACUUUGGGAAGCAAAACCUGUAUUUUUGUUAGUUUACAUUAUGGUGAAAUUUCACUCCAGGAGAACGUAGGCUCCUGUUGCUUUGGUUUUUUUUGUUUUUUUUUUUUAUUAUUAUUAUUUCUUUUGUCCUUGUAUUUUUAAAUUAAUUUUUCUUCUUUGACUUGAAAAAAAGUCCUUUAUUUCCAAAUCCGGUCCCUAUUUACAAUCUAGUUCAGAGCCAAGCCUUAAACUGUACAGAAUUUCACUGUAAUUAAGACUAUUUAGUGUUUAGUUAUAAAUAGCCUUCAGAAAGAUAUAUUCCACAUUACACUGUCAGCCACAUCCCAGCCCAUGGUGAAUGUAUGUUUCUGCAUAGCAAAAUAAAAAAUGG